GAUCUUCCACUGUCGACCCGCUGACCCGGAAGUGACUUGGUGGCGAAGGAGCGACUGGUUUUCAUUCAUCUCGAAUAAAAACGGUUUGAGUAGUUUAUCAGGACAAUAAUAUUAUUCGAGGCCUAAUUGAACAUCGCAUUCGAAAUGUUUUACCAUAUUUCUUUGGAGCAUGAGAUCUUACUACACCCGAGGUAUUUUGGUCCGAACCUCCUCAACACCGUGAAGCAGAAGCUUUUCACGGAGGUGGAGGGAACCUGCACGGGCAAGUAUGGAUUUGUCAUCGCGGUCACCACCAUUGACAACAUUGGUGCAGGCAUAAUCCAGCCGGGCAGAGGGUUUGUCCUGUACCCAGUCAAGUACAAGGCCAUUGUGUUUCGCCCAUUUAAGGGGGAAGUGGUGGACGCUGUGGUCACUCAGGUUAACAAGGUCGGGUUGUUCACAGAAAUUGGUCCGAUGUCUUGCUUCAUUUCUCGCCAUUCCAUCCCUUCAGAAAUGGAGUUCGAUCCUAAUUCUAAUCCUCCUUGUUAUAAAACAGUUGAUGAGGACAUUGUCAUCCAGCAAGAUGAUGAGAUCAGGCUAAAGAUUGUGGGAACAAGAGUGGACAAGAAUGAUAUUUUUGCGAUUGGAUCUCUCAUGGAUGAUUAUCUGGGCCUUGUGAGCUGAUUCGCCCCAGAAGCUGCACAUUACAUGGGACAUUUUUAUGUAGUAGUUUCUUUAUUUCUUUGUCAAAAUUAAUAUUUUUCUACACUGGUUGAUGUGGUUUGCUGACAGGUGGAGAAGCGCAUAGCAACCUGUUUUUUUAUUUGUUUGUACAGAUUAUACUUGAAUUUUCAAAGAAAAUUAAUUUACUUAAUUUAGUGCUUAUUUCAUGUAGAGUUCAUACUUUCCCAUCUCGUCUAUAUAUUCUUUGUUUUUUGUUUGCGGGUUGUAAUAAAGUUUUUUUUUAAAUUUGUUCUUA